UUUCGCUACAAAGUCCCCGCGCCUGUUGCUGGAGCCGACAGAAGGCGCGAGGGCUGCAGGCGGAGAGAGCCGAGCGCGGCCGGGUUGAUCGCUCCCACGAAGCCGGCGAAGAACGUUUGUGGAGCCCGCCGCGCUCGGCCGUCGGAUUUAUUCUUCGGCCGCUUUCCGCGGGACUCUUCGGCACUGGUUAGCGAGGGAGGGAGUGGAGGAGCCUUGCACCCUUUCCCAGCCGGCUUGCCCAGCGAAGGAUGGAGCCCGGGCGGAGCGCGCCGCAGCACAGAGCCGCGGGACAGCGCUGAAGCUUUGGCGGCAAGAGGCUUGGAGGAUCCAAGUGGGAGCCGUGGGACAAGAAGAGACAACAGGAUGACAGCCCUGCUGUGUGGCCUUCUCAGGUUCCUGGCAGUGGCAACAACAUGUGCUUGGGCAGCUGCUUCUGCUGAAGGAACGAUGGAGCCAGAGAUGCUUGACAGCCACAUGCUGGAGACGGAGGAGGAACACCUGCUGCUGGACCCGGGGAGUCUGCUGAAGCUCUACUGCAGCACCAACCACAGCAUUGCGAUCAUAUGGUAUAAGGAAGCCAAGCAGCUUUUCCCAAGCGGGCGCAUCCACAUGCGGCAGAGUGUGCUGGAGAUUGCGGAAGCCACCUAUGAAGAUUCGGGCCUGUACUCCUGCCGAGCACAGAGCACCAGGGAAAGCCUGCGCAACUUCACCAUCUCUGUCGUGGAUUCAUUGGCAUCUGGUGAUGACGAUGAAGACAGCGGUGUGGAGAGUGCCCAUGCCGAUUCCCUUGAGGAGCCCAUACAUACCCGGCGAGGUCAGUAUGCCUACUUGGCUGUGCUUUACUCAUUCCUGGGUGCCGCUGCAUGCUGGGAGAGGGAACUGGGUGAAGAAGGGGUGCUUACACCUUACUGGACGCACCCUCACCGAAUGGACAAGAAGCUGUAUGCAGUCCCAGCAGGGAACACCGUCAAGUUCCGCUGCCCAGCUUCUGGGAGCCCCAACCCGACAAUCCGCUGGCUGAAGAAUGGGAGGGAAUUCCGAGGGGAGCACCGGAUUGGAGGGAUCAGGCUGAGGCAUCAACACUGGAGCUUGGUCAUGGAGAGUGUGGUGCCUUCGGACCGAGGGAACUACACUUGCCUGGUGGAGAACAAGUUUGGCAGCAUCCGCUACAGCUACUUCCUGGAUGUGCUAGAGAGAUCUCCACACAGGCCCAUCUUGCAAGCCGGGCUGCCGGCCAACACCACCGCAGUGGUGGGCAGCGACGUUGAGUUCUUCUGCAAGGUGUACAGCGACGCCCAGCCCCACAUACAGUGGCUCAAGCACAUUGAAGUGAAUGGCAGCAGCUACGGCCCAGAUGGAGUCCCCUAUGUGCAAGUGCUUAAGACGGCAGAUAUUAACAGCUCGGAGGUGGAAGUGCUGUACCUGCGCAAUGUCUCCAUGGAAGAUGCUGGGGAAUAUACCUGCCUGGCAGGGAAUUCCAUUGGCCUGUCCUACCAGUCAGCUUGGCUCACUGUGCUUCCAGAAGAAGAAGAAGUGCAAGAGGCGAAUGCCCCUGAAAUCAAGUAUACAGAUAUAAUUAUCUACACUUCGGGAUCUUUGGCCAUCGCGAUGGCUAUUGUCAUUGUUGUCUUGUGCCGGAUGCAAACCCAGCCGAGCAAGCAGCCCUUGGAGCCCAUGGCCGUACACAAACUCUCCAAAUUCCCGCUCAUUCGGCAGUUCUCCUUGGAAUCCAGCUCCUCGGGGAAGUCCACCACAUCACUGAUGCGUGUCACCCGCCUUUCCUCAAGCUGCACACCCAUGCUGGCUGGGGUCAUGGAAGUGGAGCUGCCUCUGGACUCCAAGUGGGAAUUCCCACGAGACAGGCUUGUGCUGGGCAAGCCACUGGGUGAGGGCUGCUUUGGGCAAGUGGUGAGAGCAGAAGCCUACGGCAUCGAUCAAGAACGGCCAGAGCGACCCAUCACCGUGGCUGUCAAGAUGCUCAAAGAUAAUGCCACUGACAAAGACUUGGCUGACCUCAUCUCAGAAAUGGAAAUGAUGAAACUGAUGGACCAACACAAGAAUAUAAUCAACCUGUUAGGAGUCUGUACGCAGGAUGGGCCUCUCUAUGUGAUUGUGGAGUUUGCUGCCAAGGGGAACUUGCGGGAGUACCUGCGCGCCCGUCGCCCUCCCACACCAGACUACACCUUUGAUAUCACCAAGAUGCCUGAGGAGCAGCUGUCCUUCAAAGACUUGGUCUCCUGUGUCUACCAGGUGGCACGUGGCAUGGAGUACCUGGAGUCCAAGCGGUGCAUUCACCGGGACCUGGCUGCUCGCAACGUGCUUGUCACCGAAGAAAAUGUUAUGAAAAUUGCGGAUUUUGGCUUGGCCCGGGGUGUUCAUGACAUUGACUACUACAAGAAAACCAGCAACGGUCGUCUACCUGUAAAAUGGAUGGCACCAGAGGCUCUUUUUGAUAGGGUGUACACCCACCAGAGUGAUGUGUGGUCCUUUGGCAUUCUGAUGUGGGAGAUCUUUACGUUAGGUGGUUCUCCAUAUCCGGGCAUCCCGGUGGAGGAACUCUUUAAGCUCCUGAGAGAAGGUCACCGGAUGGACAAGCCCUCCAACUGCACCCACGAACUGUACAUGAUGAUGCGCGAGUGCUGGCACGCUGUGCCUUCCCAGCGGCCCACCUUCAAGCAGCUGGUAGAGGGACUAGAUAAGGUCUUGGUUGCUGUCUCUGAAGAGUAUCUGGACCUGUCAAUGCCCUUUGAACAGUAUUCUCCAUCCUGCGAGGACACGACCAGCACCUGCUCCUCCGACGACUCUGUCUUCACCCAUGACCCUCUGCCCAUCACCCCCUGCCUCUUCCCCUACCACAAUGUGCGGACAUGAGGAGACUAGCAGGCAGUGGACCCCAGGGCAGGAUUCCCUCUCUCUUAUUCCUAGAGGAUUACGCAGCUUGGGUGCAGAAGUUCCUACAUUGCCCCUGAUGGAAGAAAAUGCUGGGAGCCAUAUCGGCAGGGGCUGAGAGUGCAUCUCAUGGUCCUGGAGCCUGCUGGACACCUGCAACUUAAAGGUUCCCUGGCGAGGACUGGAUGCCUUCCUUGUAAACUUCUGCAGGUGCUCCCAGCACUCGUGCUGGUGCCUUCUUGCCCUAUAAUCUCAGGUUCCCUCAAAGCCGUUGCUCUAGCUGAGCCUUGGAUGCUACCAGCUGUCUGAGGAGAAGAAGGACCAGAUAAGCAGGGAGGAACCUAAUCCCAGGGAGAGCAACACUCUCGACAUGCCUGGGCUCCCCCUUUACCCAACCCAUGGGACCAUUCCCCCCAGCCAUGGGGUGCCCUGCUUGUUUGUUUGAUACUAUUCCCAGUUUAAUAAUAUUUUUAUGAAAUCUCAUUAUUUGGCAGGAGCCAGUCAGCUUUCUCGGGCCCACCCCAUCCGCACCUGGACACACGACCACAAGGACAGACGUUUUGAGCGGGGUGUGGCCUGCCCCUCCUGGCUCCUGCUGUCCCCUGUACAUAACCCUAGAGAUAAAUAUUUAUGUACAUAUCAUUUCUAAUGCACAUGAAUUAUCCACACCCAUAAAUUAUUUUUUUGGAAUAGA